AUGCAAAGCCAACUUCACUGUUUUGGGGGUUUUGCCGGGAUGAUCCGCACCGACUCGGACGAGUACUUCAUCGAGCCUCUGGAGAGAGGCACCCAGGAGCUGGAGGACCAGGGCAGAGUCCACGUGGUGUACCGCAGGUCGGCGGUGCUGCAGAGCCCAUCCGACAUCUCGGUGGACUACCAGACAACAGAGCUGGAUGUUCCGGGGACUCUGGAUACGCUGGCGAGGCAGAUCAAUGAGACGGUCCAACGCCGCCGCCGCCGAGAUGCCGGGGACGACGACUACAACAUCGAAAUCCUGCUGGGAGUUGACGACUCGGUCGUUCGAUUUCACGGGAAGGAGCAUGUGCAGAAUUAUCUCCUCACGCUCAUGAAUAUUGUGAAUGAGAUCUACCACGACGAGUCCCUGGGAGUCCACAUCAACGUGGUCCUGGUGAGGAUGAUCAUGCUGGGGUAUGCCAAGUCCAUCAGCCUCAUCGAGAGAGGAAACCCGUCCCGUAGUCUGGAGAACGUGUGCCGCUGGGCGUUCAGCCAGCAGAAGGGCGACGUGGACCACGCCGAGCACCACGACCACGCCAUCUUCCUCACCCGCCAAGGCUUCGGCCCCACCGGCAUGCAAGGUUACGCCCCUGUCACUGGAAUGUGCCAUCCUGUCCGGAGCUGCACCCUCAACCACGAAGACGGCUUCUCCUCGGCCUUUGUGGUUGCCCACGAGACCGGACACGUGCUGGGCAUGGAGCAUGAUGGCCAAGGUAAUCGUUGCGGGGACGAGACGGCAAUGGGAAGUGUGAUGGCUCCUCUGGUGCAGGCGGCCUUCCACCGCUACCACUGGUCCAUGUGCAGCGGCCAGGAGCUCAAGAGAUACAUCCACACCUACGACUGUCUCCUGGACGACCCCUUCAAGCACGACUGGCCGCAGCUUCCGGAGCUGCCCGGCAUCAACUACUCCAUGGACGAGCAGUGCCGCUUCGACUUCGGGGUGGGCUACAAGAUCUGCACCUCUUUCCGUACAUUCGACCCAUGCAAGCAGCUUUGGUGCAGUCACCCGGACAACCCUUACUUCUGCAAGACCAAGAAGGGCCCGCCGCUCGACGGGACAGAAUGUGCACCUGGGAAAUGGUGCUACAAAGGCCACUGCAUGUGGAAAAAUCCACACCAGCUCAAGCAAGAUGGCGCCUGGGGCUCCUGGAACAAAUACGGCUCCUGCUCGCGCUCCUGUGGCACCGGAGUACGCAUCCGGACGCGGCAGUGCAACAACCCGGUUCCUUCCAACGGCGGGCAGGACUGCGCGGCGGUGAACUACGAGUAUCAGCUGUGCAACACCCACGACUGCCCCAAGCACUUUGAAGACUUCCGAGCGCAGCAGUGUCAACUCCGCAACUCUCACUUUGAGCUCCACAACGCCAAACACCACUGGCUGCCUUACGAGCAUCCGGACGCUAACAAGAGAUGCCACCUGUACUGCCAGUCGAAGGAGACGGGGGACGUGUCCUACAUGAAACAACUGGUGCAUGAUGGGACGCGCUGCUCCUACAAGGACGCCUACAGCGUCUGCGUCCGCGGGGAGUGUGUGAAAGUUGGCUGUGACAAAGAAAUCGGCUCGAGCAAAGCGGAGGACAAAUGCGGCGUCUGCGGCGGGGACAACUCCCACUGCCGCACCGUCAAAGGGACCUUCACCCGGACGCCUAAAAAAACCGGGAAAACCAGAGGAGCCUUCUCUUUACCCAAAGGAGCUCGGAAUGUGUUUUUGAAUGAAACUGACGACUUGAGAAAUGUGAUGGGCUACCUUAAGAUGUUUCUCGUUCCUCCCGGAGCGAGACACGUGAUCAUCCAAGAACACGAGGCCUCCCCUCAAAUUCUUGCAAUCAAGAACCAAGCGACGGGCCACUACAUCCUCAACGGCAAAGGGGAGGAGGUCCGAUCGAGAAGCUUCAUUGACUUAGGCGUGGAGUGGCACUACAUGGUCGAGGAAGACGUGGAGACGCUGCACACCGACGGACCCCUGCAUGACCCCGUGGUGGUCCUGAUUAUACCUAAGGACAACGAGACCCGCUCCACUCUAAUGUACAAGUACAUCAUCCACGAGGACUCGGUGCCCGUCAACAACAACAAUGUCCUCCAGGAAGACACGUACGAGUGGGCCCUCAAGAGCUGGUCUCCGUGCUCCAAGCCGUGCGGCGGAGGCUUCCAGUACACCAAAUACGGCUGCCGGAAGAAAGGCGACACCAAGAUGGUCCACAGAGGCUACUGCGACGUGGGCAAGAAGCCCAAACCCAUACGUCGGAUGUGCAACCUGCAGGACUGCGCGCAGCCCCAGUGGAUCUCGGACGAGUGGGAACAUUGCACCAAAACCUGCGGCGGCCUGGGCUUUCAGAUCCGGACGGUCCGCUGCCUGCAGUUCCUCCACGACGGAACCAAUCGCUCCAUCCACAGCAAAUACUGCAGCGGGGAGAAGCCUGAGAGCAGGAGGCUCUGCAACCGAGUGGCCUGUCCUUCUCAGUGGAGGACAGGAGCAUGGUCGGAGUGCUCCGUGACCUGUGGCGAGGGCAUGGAGAGGCGUCUCGUCACCUGCCGAGUGGGAGACCACUGCAGCGGAGACAGACCGGAGAACGUGCGAGUUUGCAGACCGGGACUGUGCCACGAUGAACCUUGCCAUGGCGACAAGUCCAUCUUCUGCCAGAUGGAGGUUCUGGCCCGCUACUGCUCCAUCCCGGGCUACAACAAGCUGUGCUGCGACUCCUGCAGCAAGCGCGGCGGCGCCGGCGCUCUGUCGCACUUCUCCGAGGCCGCCGGGACGGAGGAGGAGCACAUCCGCUUUGGCUCCGCCUCCCAGCUGCUGGAGACGCUGAUGGCCAACGCCACUCGGGCCGGCGGGGCCAAACAAGGCGCGGCCAAACAAGGCACCAGUAGAUCAGGCGCGGCGGCGAGACGCGUAACCACGCCCGCCCCGUCCAAGAAAACCAAAACGACGACCGCGCCGAGGCGGUUCCCGCGGGACGUCACGGCGAGCUCCGGCAGCUUCACAGAUAGCCGGUGGCCCGCCUCGUACUCCAAAGUGGAGCGAUGAGGGCGGCGCCGUGUUCACGGGACUACACAGACAUUCUGAGUCUUCUCACGCCAACGCCAACAACGACGACGACCACGCCAACAAAGCAGCCGCAUACAGAAGUCAUCCAAGCGCGAGAAACAAAGAGACAAGUGCUGGUUCACUUUGUACACGCCACCUUUGGGCCCGCGCCGACGUCAACGUCACUCGAACGUCUCGCGGCGGGAAAACGACGACACGCCGGGUUUGCUGUGAAAGGCAAACACGCUCAUUUCAAGAUAAAAGGACA